UGGAACGCGCUGUUGAACAUGGCGGCUGUGAAGGAGGGAGGGCGCCCGGGAAAAUCCUCAGGGAAGGAGCCCCAGCCGUUGAUAAUAGCCAAAACCCCGGCGGAGGAGCAGCGACUAAAACUGGAGAGGCUGAUGCGCAACCCUGACAAGCCCGCACCCAUUCCAGAAAAACCCAAAGAGUGGAACCCGCGCGCGCCGCCGGAGUUCGUGCGUGACGUCAUGGGGUCCAGUGCAGGAGCAGGUAGCGGAGAGUUCCAUGUGUACAGACACCUGCGCCGCCGCGAGUAUCAGAGACAGGACUUCCUGGACCGAAUAAGUGAAAAACAAAAAUUGGAUGAGGAUUACCAGGAGAAGCUUCAGCAAAACCAACAGAUAGCUGAAGAAAGAACAGCUAAACGCAGAAAGAAGAGGGAAAAGCUCAAGCAGAAGAAGCAGAUGGCCAAGAAAGCCAAACAGGAACAGAAUAAAGUCAAAGAAUCUGAGGAGGAGUCUUCUAGCAGUGACCAGGAGGAGCAACAAGCUGAAGAUGAUGCUGAAGUUCCUAGCUUUGUGAUGGGGAGGAGGUGACCCCCAACUCUGUGACCCGCGCAGUUGUCCAGAAUUUUCCCACUUACAAGGAUUGUUACGAAGGAAAGAUCUGCAGCAUGUUUUUGGAUGCAGCUUAAGGCCCCAUUUGGUUGGACUUGGACAUCAUUUCUGUUGCAUAAAGUUUCAGUUGCAUUGGUUGGGUGAAGGAGGCAUUUCUUUCAUGAUAAAUUGUCUUGAAAUCUGCUUAAUUUUCAGUAUUCCUGCACUUUGAACAUGCCUUUUUAGACUGUAAACAUUAUGUUUUAACAUGAAUUUUUGGAUCCCCGUCCUCUUUUCAUUUGCAUAAAUGUUUAUUUUUAAUAAGCUUGAGGGUAUCGGUUUUCAGUGAUUGAGGAAAACAUGGCAAAGAAGCAGAGCUCUUUAACCUUUAUGCAGCACAGUUAACAGCAAUAUUUAAUUAUUUGUGCAGGUCUUACACUCUUCUGUAUCCGGUUGAGUUAAAAUCCAUAGUUGUAGCUUCCACUGUUUCAGUUGUUAUUUUCUAGUUAUGUUUUCCAUAGUUUCACACUGGAAUUUAGAUUGUGUGAAUAUUAAUGCUUUGGGAAAACUAUAAUCAUUGACUCUGCUGUGGAAGGAAUUUGAGGAAGGAGCCCCGAAGAUGCCGAAUGCAUGGAACUCAUAACUACAUUUCUGCUGUAGGCAGUUAGGAAUCCUGCUGUUCCCUGACAUUCUGAGGUAUGGGUGUCAUGCUCCAUAUGGUUAAUAAAUACUCUUAUCUUCUACACUUGCAUCUGAAAGUCAUUUUCAAAGCUCAGCAGUUGAAAUACACCCAUCUUACAGGAAGCAUUAAAAUGUGCUGUCAUGAUGGGGCUCUUCCAGAUGCCUGAAAUAUGGUUUUGUAAAGUAUACUAUCCUGUUCUCAAUAUGCCUUGGGUGCUAUAGGAGUGUGACUGAUUUCCAAAUGACUGCUUCUGUCUUUUAGAUGUAUGAGCUGGGUUUCGCUGCCAUGAAGUUCAUGUCGUAAACAGUACAAGAGGCAUCAGAUGGUGUUGUGGUUAGAGCUGCUGCUUUGCACAAGACCCUGCUUUGAAUCCCACCUUCUGCCUUCGUAACAUUGAUCAAGGUACUUUAAAUUGAUCCAGCAAAAUUUACCCAGCUGUAUAAAUGGGUAAAUAAUUUCUAAUUCAGUAUUUAAGUUGCAUUGGAGGAGAGACUCAGCUAAAUUAAUAAAUUAUAAGCAAAUGUGAUAUUAAAUUUCUCAGUGUUAAAUUUCUUAGUGUUCAUUUUAUCUGGAUUUACUGCCAACAGCCCAGAUUUUGCUUUAGUGGUUUAUGACAUGAAAUUGGCAGCUUUGGGGUUCUACCUGUGUUGUUAUGUGAUACUUGUAUACAACAGAGAAUGUUAUUUAUGCUGUACAUUUUGUUAUUUCUGCCAUUUGUCACGAUCCUGUUUAUGCUGACAAGGUGAAGGGUAAUGUUCUCUAGGGCAGCAAGGGACAAAUUCUAAAGUGUUCCAUAACUUGAGUUUCUGGCCAGAAUUUCCAGAAGUUGUACUAUUUCCCCCCCCCACCACCA